AUGCAGAGAGCAGUGCUGCUGCUCUGUUGGCUGCCGCUCCUCAACCACUGCCACGCCGUAAAUCCAGGUUGUUCUUGUGUUGUAUACAGCAGCUCGGACAGACCUCAAGGUGGCACUUUUACAUCUCCUGAUUUUCCAAAACGAUAUCCACCGAAUAUCGAUUGUCUUCUGUACACAUUCAUUGGUCAUCCAGAUGAAAUUGUUGUUUUGACGUUUCAUCAAUUCAACAUUCGUCGUAUUUGGCCCGACUGUACAAGAGGAGAUUUCUUGAAGCUAUUUUUACAUCUGGAGAGUAAAGGCAUUUCUGAAUACACCCCUUGGUCUGGUGUGCUUUGCGGAGAACUGCGUGACAUCCCGCAAGUUCUUUACAGCUCGAGAUCAACACUCAUUCUGGAGUUUCACACACAGUUCCCAUCAUCUAAUGCUACUGGCUUUUCCGGCACUUUUCGUUUCAUCGAUAGACGUUUAUUCGAGAUGGACGGUCUGCUGGUGCCCGGCACAAUGUGCGAUCACGAGUUUGUCAGUUCGCAAUCGACGCCUCAAUAUGGACGAUUUUAUUCGCCGCGCUACCCGUCCUCCUAUCCGAAGAACAUCCGGUGCUCCUACCUCUUCCGGGCAAGGCUGAAGGAGAGAAUCCGUUUAGUCUUUGAAGAGAUUUCUCUGCAGAAAGGAGAUCUGAGUUGUCUGAAUAGAGCGGAUUUAAUCAAGGUGCACGACGGAACGGAUUCAGGGGCGCCUACAAUAGCCGUGCUCUGCAACCAGGGAACGGAAGUGGAAGUACUCAGCACAGGACCAGGUCUCUACGUUGAGUUCGUCGCUAAUUCCGAAUGGCCGGGCCAGGGUUUCAAGGCGAUGUUUCAAUUCCAGCCAUUGGACGAUGCGCUGCAUCCUGAGCCGGACAAGGUCCCAGGAGCCGUUACAGGGAACCCCAAGUACUCAGUCAUCGGACCAGCUGUCAGCGCUACUACGUCUCUCUGCGACAUAGUUUACAACAGCGAUACAACAAAAACAGGCAUAGUUAUGUCACCUGGAUACCCGAAUCCAUAUCCAUCCAGGACACAUUGUACAUACGACUUUCAAGGAAGAGGAAAGGAACGGGUGCAGGUGAUAUUCCAGGACUUGAAUCUGUUUCAUUCUCAGAGCAAUCCAAAUGAUUGCGAGGGGGUCGAUUCAUUGGUGGCAUUCGUGAAUAUAGAUGGAAAGAAGGACAAAAUAGAUUCAUUCUGCGGAGAUAUACCACCGCGACCUAUCAUGAGCAACGGUCCGCGGCUUUCCUUGGAGUUUCAGGGACUAACGUCAUCUCGCCAUUCGAGAGGCUUCAAAGCGACAUACACUUUCAUGGAAAACUUUGGUAUAACGACAGGUCGGCAGGAGGGGCAGUAUCCGUGUGCCUUUGUUUUCAACAGCAACGAGACCCGGAACGGUACAUUCACGUCGCCAAAUUACCCUGGGCUGUAUCCUCGUGCCACGGAAUGCUACUACUUCUUCAAUGGUCAAUCUAACGAACGGGUUCACCUUCAUUUUCACUUCUUCGACGUUGAGGGAGUGCUACCGUGCGAAGCUAUAUCAGCGAGCGAUUAUGUCGAAUUCUCAAACUAUAUGACCAGAGAUCGCAAGUAUCCGAGGCACUGUGGUCAGCUGAAAGAAUUCGACGUUUACAGCGAGAGGAAGUUCUUCCGCGUUACGUUCAAGAGUAACGAUCGUCUCGACGCCACGGGCUUUAAUGCCAGUUACGUGUUCCUGGACGAGGAAGAAAAUUACACGAUGAAGAUACCUGCAAGCAACGGAUCGGCACGGCACGGUAUCACGCUUUCGCCCCCGCUGUUGCUGUUACUGCUGUUGUUCACGAGUUGUCUCUUCGUUGGCGGCGGAAGCUCGCAUUAAGAAAAGGCAGUCACAGCGACCACGCGGACGAGUCCUGGCUCAAUUUACAACGAACCGCAACUUUAAGAUCGAGAGCCAUCCAGAGUCGCCAAUAGCUCAACUCACCGAAGAAAGUGACGACCUCGUUGACAAAUUUGUCGGGAGGGAGUGUGUUACUCAAGUCUAUUAUCCGACCGGGACACGAAGUCUUAAAUUUGUCUACGCAUCCUUUCUCAUUCUAUCUCAUUCGUUCGCGUCACGUCGACUAUUUCGAGGAGAAAGCAUCAGCGGUGAAAUACUUUUACGUCUAAACAGCGUGCAAGAGAAACGACCGUACGGACGAUGUCAUUCAUCAGGAACUCGUCGCCCGUACCGUAAACAGGAGAAGUGGGAUUAAUUGGCUGCGUGGCUAAAUUGCCAGUAGUAGCCUACGUGGGUAAGUUACAGUCGACAACUAAUUCUUCCAAGAAGAAUUUUUACUUUCGGAGAAGUAUAAAUAAAUUUUUGUGGGAUAGCUCGUUGC